AGCCGGUCCCCCCACCCCCACCCCGUUCUCGGGACCGGCUGGCACCAGGGAGACAUGGAGGAGAGAGGGGAGUCUUCCUCCAGCGGCUGCUUGCAGAGGUUCGCCAGCUGCUUCCUCAACAGUCUGACUGAUGAUAAAGUAAAGUCGUACCUAUCUCUUCAUUCAAAUGUACUUGAUGAAUAUGUAGCAGAAAGCGUUCCUGCUGAAACUUUGGAAAGGUGGCUGAUGAAAAAACAAAGCAAGCAAGAUGAUAAAGCUAAUUUCCAGAAUAUUAACAGGUACCUGGACUCUAACAUGCAAGCAGUGGUCUAUGAAUUAAACUCCAGUGUAGAACAGCGGCUGGACCGUGGCAGUGAUAACCGACUACUCAUAUUUGAAUUGUGUAACAUCAUAAAAACAGCUACGAUGGCUGAUGGAUUUUCAUUAUAUUUUGUGGGAGAAUGCAACAAUUCAUUGUGCCUGUUUACAUCAGCUGGAAUGAAAGACCAACAACAACAGAAACCUAUUGCUGUUGAAACUGCUGGAUUUGGCAUUACAGUGGCAUCAUAUGUAGCUAAGUUCAGGAAAACACUGUUAGUGCAAGACCUUGCUGAGGAUAGUCGAUUUCCUAAGGGAAUAUCAAUGGACUCAAAAUCUCCGAUUCAGUCUGUCCUUUGCUUACCAAUCGUUACUGCCAGCAAUGACUUGUUAGGUGUUUUGGAACUGUAUCGACAACGUGGCAGAAAUCCUUUUGACAGUGACCAACAGCAGAUUGCCACUGCAAACCUAGCGUGGGCUUCAGUGGCAAUACAUCAAGUUGAGAUUUCCAAAGGUCUUGCCAGACAGAGUGAAAUGAAUGAUUUUCUGCUUGAUGUAUCCAAAACCUAUUUUGAUAAUAUACUGGCAAUAGAUUCUCUGCUUGAACACAUCAUGAUAAAUGCAAAAAACUUGGUGAACGCAGAUCGUUGUGCGUUCUUUCAGGUGGAUCACAGUAACCAAGAGUUGUACUCAGACUUGUUUGACAUCGGUGAAGAGAAGGAAGGAAGGCCGGUUUUCAAGAAAACCAAAGAGAUUAGAUUUUCAAUUGAAAAAGGAAUUGCUGGGCAAGUAGCACGAACGGGAGAGGUUCUUAAUAUUCCUGAUGCCUAUGCAGAUCCUCGCUUCAACAGGGAAGUAGACCUAUACACUGGGUACACAACACGAAACAUUCUGUGCAUGCCUAUCGUCAGCCGAGGAGCUGUCAUUGGUGUUGUGCAAAUGGUGAACAAAAUGAAUGGAACUGCCUUUACUGAAGCAGACGAGAACAACUUUAAAAUGUUUGCUGUUUUCUGUGCUUUGGCCUUACACUGUGCAAAUAUGUACCACAGAAUCCAACAGUCAGAGUGCAUUUAUCGGGUCACAAUGGAGAAGUUGGCUUACCAUAGUAUUUGCACUCAUGAAGAAUGGGAGGGCCUCAUGAGAUCUGUAAUGCCUACAUCUAUUGCUAAAGAAGUUGAACAGUUCCAUUUUGAUAUCACUCCCCAUGAGGAUCUCUGGCCAACAAUUUUUGUUUAUAUGAUUCACAGCAGCUGUGGAAAAAACAGCUUUGAUCUGGAAAAACUGUGUCGCUUCACUAUGUCAGUAAAGAAAAACUACCGCCGUGUGCCCUACCACAAUUGGAAGCAUGCAGUCAAUGUGGCACAUUGCAUGUAUAAUAUCCUGCAAAAGGUUCAAGGGACAUUCUCACAACUAGAGCGGAAAGGUCUUCUUGUGGCUUGCUUGUGCCAUGACCUAGAUCACAGAGGUUACACAAACAGCUACCUGCACAAGUUUGACCACCCACUGGCUGCCUUAUAUUCCACCUCCACCAUGGAGCAGCAUCACUUUUCGCAAACUGUUUCUAUUUUGCAGUUGGAAGGGCAUAAUAUUUUCUCCAGUCUGAAUGCUGAUGAUUAUGAGCAGUUGCUUGAAAUCAUUCGGAAAGCCAUCAUUGCAACUGAUCUUGCACUAUAUUUUGGAAACAGGAAGCAGAUAAGUGACCUGCUGCAAGCAGGAGCAUUGGACAUCAACAAUCAAACCCACAGAGACAGGGUGAUUGGUUUAAUGAUGACAGCUUGUGAUCUCUGCUCCGUCACCAAGUUAUGGCCAGUUUGCAGGGCAACAACUGAUGAUAUUUAUGCUGAAUUCUGGGGAGAGGGUGACGACAUGAAAAGAAUGGGAAUGCAACCGAUCCCUAUGAUGGACAGGGAGAAAAAUGAUGAAAUCCCUAGUGGCCAGGUUGUUUUCUUUACUGGUGUAGCCGUGCCUUGUUACCGUACACUUUCAGAGGUUUUCCCAUCAACCUCUCAACUGCUCGGGUCUUGCAGGUAG